AUGGAUUCUAUUCUCGCAGAAAGCAAGCUCACCUAUCAUGGACUCCGAAUGACAUCAACGGAUACCGAUGAGACAGGUGUUAAUCUAGGAAGGGCUCAAACUGAUCAAAUCAAAUCCCUGAUCAGGACCUUUCUCGAGGAUAUUGGCUUUGAUCGCAGCAUUCGCGUCGUCAAAGACCAUGAAAUGAAAAUCAUUGUUUGGCAGUAUUUCCAAAGUUUGCAUUUAGGAGAGAAGAACGAGAAAUCGGUUCAACAAACCCUCGACCCUUCGGUAAACUUUGCAUAUCACGGGUACACGUCUCUUCCAUUCCAGGUGAGGGUGCUAGGUGCCAUUCAAUUCCUAUAUAUGUUUCUGGUGGAUGACAUGGCGGAGGAAUUCAUCGAUGAACUUCAAGUAUCUGGUCAAAACUUUACUCUUAACCAACACCACAAGCAUCCUAUCCUGGCUGGGUUGGAUUCUCACAUUCGCAACCUAUCGGAUUAUUACGGCCCAUACUGCCACUCGGUGAUGAUUAAAGGCAUGCUUGAUUAUAUAAAUGGACGUGUCGUCGAGCAUAAGAUCAAACAGUCCAAUUUCAAUUUCUCCGAGUCCCGUCUCAUGCCUAUGUUCUUGAGAACCAAGGUCGGGGGCGCGGAGAUCAUGAUCCAUUUCCUUUACCCCAAUUCUGUCUUUCCCGAAGAGGAAUAUGUUAUGCGAUAUUUCCCCGUCACCCUGGAACUUGUGCUCUUCAUUGACUUUACCAAUGAUAUCUUGUCAUAUUACAAGGAGUUCUGUCUCGACGAUGAAACGGGCAAUUCGUGGCAAAUUUCGCCGACGCGCAUCAUGCCCAGCAUUUGGAUGUCUUGCGGUACCUCACAAGCUACACCCCUGCUCCCAUCGCUGCUCGCUUUAGUUAAGAAUUUUACCCAGGGAAUGAUUAUGCUCUUCACGGCGCAUCGUCGAUACCAUCUAGUGGAGUUGUUUGCGGAUGAGCAAUAUUUGCCACCUUAUAGUGAGGAUGCAUAG